AUGAAGACCAACAACUCUGACAAGUCCAUCCAUCUGGAGGACGUGCCUCGGUCUGCCCUGCAGGAGUCAUGGCACAGUGAAUCUCCGAACAAUCCUCGCAAUUGGGCACAAUGGAAGAAGGACACGCAGAUCCUCAUGGUGGCUUUCCACUCUAUGGUCGCGACCUUCAUGGCCGCUGGUAUCAUCCCAGCCUAUGAUACAAUGGCAGAAGAAUACAAUGUGACUGUGCCGGAAGCAAGCUAUCUCACCUCAAUUCAGAUUCUGCUCCUGGGACUCUGUCCAUUCAUAUGGAAACCAAUCACCUCGAUCUAUGGCCGAUACCACGUCUUUCUAUUUUCCGUGCUGGGAAGCAUGGUAUGCAACAUCGGGGGCGCAAGAUGCACAACAUACGGAGCACAGAUGGCGACAAGGAUCCUCACUUCGAUACUGAUCUCGCCCCCGAUUGGCAUCGGCAGUGGUGUGAUCACGGAGCUUUGCGAGCCUGAGAAACGCGCGCAGAAGUUGGGAUGGUGGACGGUGAUGAUCACGCUUGGCACACCAAGCGGUCCAUUCAUAAUGGGAUUCGUCGCGAAACACAUAGGCAUUGAAUGGAUAUUUUGGAUCUUUGCCAUCAUAAACCUUAUCCAAUUUAUUGCAUACCUGGUUCUCGGGGUGGAAACAAUGUACCUCUCCGAGUGUGAAUCUUCGCUGGGGGCGGGAAACGCUAAGAAAUCCGUGUUCAACAAGCUCAUUCCACGACGACUUGACUCGCGCCCUCUCAGGGCGCGCGAGUUCAUCGAACCCAUCUUUCUCUGCCGCUAUUAUGCAGUCCUGAUCCCUGCGGUCGCCCACUCUGUUGUAUUCUGCUAUGGCAACAUCGCGCUAAUCGUGGAGAUGCCGAUUGCAUUCGGAGAAAAGUUCGACUUCGAUGCCCAGCAGAUAGGGCUGCAGUUUAUUGCUAUCAUUAUUGGAUGUCUCCUCGGCGAACAACUGAGUGGACCCCUUUCUGACUUGUUCUUGAGGAGUCUGAGUAAAAAGAGAGGUUACACUCUACCAGCAGAUCGUCUGUGGCUCUCCUAUAUUGGCUUCGGCACUGUGUUCGCUGGACUCCUGACCUGGGGGUUUCAGUUAAACAAAGCCGUGUCCUGGAAUGUCACACCCUGCAUUGGUGCGGCCAUCGCGAGUUUUGGCAACCAAAUCAUCACGACGAUUCUGAUCUCAUUUGCUGUCGACAGCUACAAGGAGAAGUCAACUAAUGUUGGAGUCUGCAUCAACCUGUUCCGCCACAUUUAUGGCUUUAUUGGUCCAUUCUAUUUCCCUCCCAUGUUUGAAAGUCUGCAGUUCGCCGGCGCAGCAGGCGUGAUGUGUGCUAUCAUCGGUGCUUGCGCGUUAAUUCCUAUCAUAGCGGUUCAGUUUGUUGCUAGCCGUCAAACCCAACAAGUCUGA